AUGUCCUUCGGCAACCAAUGGCAGUGGUGCCUCCAGCCCCUCUCGUGUGUUCUCAAGGCCUGUGGUUCUCUUCUCUCGAGUGAGAUGCAGGGGGCCGUGGAGGGGGUUUAUUCCUUCUUUCAAUCCUUUUUGACCUCGCUGGGUGUUCACCUCACGCCGAAUCUCUGCCUGUUCCCCGGCGAUGCCGCCACGGACGUGGCGAAAGGGGGGGAUACCUGGAGCGCCACCCCCACCCUCCUGCAGCUCCAUUCCGUCUUGAACUCCAUCGAGGAGGAUCGGGAGGGGAGGCUACGGGCGAUCGACGAAGACUCCGAGGCCGAUCACGAUGAAAAGGGCCUUAGCGGGACGAGCCUUCCUUCGCAGCGUUCGAUUUCUUCCCCGCAAAUCACCCCGCGGAGUGCGCGAAAGGGCCCGAGCGCGGAGGCGAUGCGGGUGCGGAAAGUGGAGCGGGGGCUGAUUGGGCAGCUCUUGGGGGCGCUUAACACCUUCGUCCGGAUCACCCACGCAGGGGCGAUGGAUGUGCAGUUGUUGGAAUUGCUCAUCACCCGCGCGACCUCCUCGAUGGACGCCCAAUACUCGAACCGCGAGGCGAAGGAGGAGGCGGAUGGGUUUCUCUGGAGCGAUGAGAGCGCGAAUGCCGAUGAGGUUUUUAUCGAGUUCGACCUGGCGGCGAAGUCCAGCGCGGCGUCGUUCGAAGCACCGCAGAGCUUUUCGCGGGUCACCUACGAGGAGGCGGUGAAGUUGACCUGUUUAGUAAGUGAGGCCCUCGCCUGGGAGUCGUAUCUUUUGCAUGUUAAUGACGCCCUGGGGUUCAGCGGGAAAGACAGCACCGCCGCGAUGUCGUCGAGGAAAUGCGUUCGUGGGGUGGAAACGAGUGUGCAGUCGGUUCGCAUUGGGAUGAUGUUAUCCCAAUGUGCGGAGUACGACCUUCUGUGGUGCGCCUGCGCCCGUUCCGGCGCCCUCCACACCUUUCUGCAAGAGCUUUACGACGGGCAGAGCUUCAAAGGCGUCCCGACCUCGAUUUCUCCCACGUCGUUGGGGUAUGCGUCGGCGCAUGGGGGCCACGGGAUCGCCAACACCUCCAGCAGUGUUUAUUACUAUUCCACGGCCGCUCUGAUCAACACCAACCUUUCGACCAACGCCAUGCUCUAUGAGGCGAUUGAGUCGGCGGGGUGCUGUAUGAUCGUUCUGGAGGCGCGCUAUUUACCGCUUCUCUUUGUUGCUGAGGAAGAGUCGCCUUGUCUGUCCCCGCGGGUUCUCGAUUCCACCUCGCCUGGGUACUUGGUUUCCCUCGUCAAAGGCGGCGUCCGCGGGGAGCAGUCCGAGCGAAAAGAGCCCUUUCGCGGGCGGCGCGUCCUUCGCGUCCCGAGCUCGCUACGCCGUAUCUUUCUCUGGCGUUGGGAUGGGUGCUAUACCGGCGAUUUCACCAGCGAAAUGCGCGACGCCCUAGACUUUUUUAACCGCCAAGCCUACGCGGACCUACCGUUGGCGCUGCGGUUCUACGGCACGUCUGGGGACUCCGCCACGCGGGAGGCCCCGAUCCCCGUCACCGAGGCCGACGUCGAGAACGAAAGCCCCCAAACUACGCCGGUCAGCGCCCGCGCGGAUCUUCGCUUGGAUCUUCAAUGCCGCGCGGUGGUGGAGUCUCGCCCGGCGUUCUACUCCAAUGGCCCGUCCUUGGACUUGUAUGACCAGGUGGGGGGCUUUUUGGUGGAGUUGCCCACCACCUUCACCGGGAACGAGGCGGAUCGCCGGCGAAAGGACCUCGAGGACGUCUGCCGGGGGUAUUUACUUCUUUUACAACGCAUUUUAGCCCACCCACCGCGUUGGCUGCGUUGUAAUCCAGCGGGUUGGUCGCAGCAGGUUACCCCGCGGGCGAAUCUUCUCCCAUCAAUUUCUUUGCCCGACGGGGCCCCAUCCGCGCUGCGAUCGCCCGCUUCUUCAUACCCUUUCGGGGCCGCCGCCUCGAUACCUGGCCAGCCAUCGAAGAAUUUGUGGAAAAGCACCACGAGUGGUGGGAUUUCGACCCCGCAAAGCCCGCGGGAUUCCCCGUUUUCGCCGUUUUGCAGCGUCUCGCAGCUUUUUUUCAGUCGUUUGUACGUCCGCGCGAUUGCGGCGUCGAUCAUGCACCAGCGCUUCCCUCCAAUAUCCCGGCGAGUCACCGAAAUCGAACUCACGCCGAGGACGAGGGGGGGAGGGGGGGGUUUGCCUGAAGGCGCCCCGCUCGCUUCCGCCAGGAUCAAUGUGGAAGGAACGCCGCGCAGACGAUUUACCGGGCCCCCGAAAAAAGCCAUCGAUUCGCUUUUUCAGCUCGAAUACCAACUCGCCUUUCAGCAAAAGAUCUUUUAUAAGCGGCUGUACAUGGCACUCCGGCGCUUUACACUUCUGCAGCCGCUGUUAUGUUUAUUCCCCGGCGAGGCCCCUGGCGAGGUGGAGGCCAUCACCCACCUCAGCUUUUUCGGAAUGGUAUCGCUUUCAGGGGAUUUAUGCUCCCCCAAACCCCCCAGAAGGGGGGGUUUACAACCCCAUGCGAACGGGGCGAUGAUUUUUACCAAAGCCCACGUCGCGACCACCGAGGUUUUGCAUCUCCUUCGCCAGGUUUGGACUCGCCAUGAGGAAAAGUGGGCGAUGAUGGACUUUUUAUUGUGGGGCUGCGUGGUGUGUUUGGUGGGAAUUCCUCAACGGGUGUUGGGGAUUUUGCAGGCCGGCCCCGGCGUCCCGGCCGGGAUGGACACGAGGGCGGGAAAAGAGCGAUUUGUCGUGUAUAAUAGCCUACGGAUGGACCAAUUCGACAGCUGCGUGUUCUGCUUUGGGUAUUUAAUGCAUCUUCUGCAGGAACAGCAGAAGGGCCAAAGGGGUCGACGACUUUGCAUUGCGAAGAAUCCACCCGAAUCGGAGGGAUCCGGAACGAUUAAAAUGGUCCUGAUCGCCUCGCGGACGAUUUAA